AUGGCAUGUGCUUAUAAAGCUGAUUCAAUAGUUUGGAAAUUAACUACGAGAUUUAUUGAUGGACCUAGUGGGAAUCCAUUUUUAAGUGAGAAGUGGUUGUGGGAAGGGGUUAUUGAUCUGUUAAAGGGUGAAGAAGAUUAUGAAAAAGAAUUUUGUAAAGUUGAAGAAAUUACUGAGUUGAAGAAAGAAAAAAAAGAUAAAAAUUUUCUUGAAGGAUGGGAAGUUGUUUAUGAAAGAAAAGAAAGUUGUGAUGAACUUGAACAACAAGUUUCCUCGUGUAAUCAAAAUGAACACCAUUUCAAAAUCGUGUGUAAACGUACACCUUUAAAUAAUUUACCAUUUCAUUACAAAUCACCUCUUUUGACCGUCCGCUCUUUAUUUACAAAACGAUCGCCUAUAUUCUUGGACAUUGGAAGUGAAAGGUAUAAUCAAUGUCAGCAAGAAAAAUUAUGUGAUUCAAAUAUUGCGGAAUGUUGUUCGCAACAACAGCAACAACAUAUUUGUAAUGGAAACGAAAAUUCACUUAAAAAAGUUGGAAAACGUAGUUUAAGCCAAAGGACUAUGAAUAUCGGUAAUCAAAGUCAAAUGAAGAUAUUAAAAGGUAGAAGUCAUAAGGGUAACUAUAACGGAUUGUAUAAGAAAGAUGGAAAUUACCGCCGCGAAAUUCCUCGUACUCCAAGGUUUACAC